CAUACAAUUACUUUAUUUAGGUGAUCCUCGUGCGGAGAGCGCGGUAAUAAUUAGACAAAAUGACGCGAGGCAACACAGAGUUAGGGGAGGUUACUCAUCACAAUAUCAAGCAGCUGAAGAAGCUAAACCAAGUGGUCUUUCCAGUUUCUUACAAUGACAAGUUUUACAAAGAUGUACUAGAAGUUGGAGAAUUAGCAAAACUAGCAUAUUUCAAUGACAUAGUGGUAGGAGCUGUGUGUUGUAGGAUAGAUGUCUCAGAAAACCAGCGCAGGUUAUAUAUAAUGACUCUGGGAGUCUUAGCGCCUUAUAGGAGAUAUGGAAUAGGUACUGUAAUGCUAGAACAUGUACUGAAAAUUUGUGAGCAGGAUGGAAAUUUUGACAAUGUUUACUUACACGUCCAAGUCAAUAAUGAUAGCGCAAUCAAGUUUUAUGAAAAUUUUGGAUUUGAGAUUGUUGAGAGAAAACAGAACUAUUACAAGAGGAUAGAACCUGCAGAUGCAUUCGUUUUACAGAAAACAUUUAAAAAGUGAUGUGGCCAAAAUGUCCAAUUAUUCAAUGACUACUGGGUUGCCAUAAGAUAUGUUUGCUUAAAUAUGUUUAUGAAAGCAGCUAUAUGAGACUAUAUUAAUGCAAACAUUUAUUAAACCUUCUUUCUAAAUUACAUUAAAAUAAUAUGGGAGAUUAAUUACUUUUUAUGCAAAGAUUUGAAGGGUUAAUUCUCCGCAAUUCAUCAAAAUCAUACAUUCUGUUGAAAAGAACAAAUCUCUGAAAUAACCUCUUUAUCAAAUGCCUGUGACAUUUGGUCAUUUGGAUAUGCCCACCAAUUAUGAAGAAUAUGGGAGAGCAGAGGAAUGUUUGUUCUCAUUAAAAAUAUUUUCAUCCAGAAGGGGGACGACCUGUUCAAUCAACAAUUACUUAAUAUAUGAUCCACAACAUCUGUUGUCAAUUGUUAUAUUUAUUAAUCAUGACAUCAUUGGUAAACCAAAACUCUCCAUACAACUUGACAUAACGGCGAUUCACUGUCAGAUGUUACUUAACCAGUCGGUCAACUGGACCAGCUUCAGUGGAAUGGGAUAAAAAUGAAACCAAAAGUUAGGUCUAUUUGGUGAAUUACCAAGUCUUACAUUUAUUGAGGUGCAGCAGAGAAGUGGGACCCAGUUACCCAACCAAACUCCUGGUUUCGAGACGUUAAGUGUGUGUUUAUACGAUUACGCCUGAAAUGUUACAUAGUAUUUUAUUGAAAAUAAAGCAGAACUUCUUA